UCGUACUCUUACCUAACCUAAUGUUUUAGAACUCGAGUUUCAGCAAAACCCCAACUGCUUCUCUAUCUCGUGCCGUCUUCUGCAAAAAAAGAAAAGAAAAGAAGGGGUCCUUCUUCUCACAAGAAACAAUGGCGAAGAAACGUGAUAGAAUAAUCAACACACAGCCCUUUAUCACCGAUGACGCCUCCGUCGCUUCUUCCCGGAAGCGUUCAAAGGUUCCCAAAACCCAUCAGCAACAGGAGAAGUUGAUUGAAGCUGGUAUUAGCUCCAAGAUCAUGAAGGUCGCUCUUGCACAGCAAAAGGAGAUUGCUGAUGAAGAAAACGCCGAGAGGAACCCCAGUGGAGCCGUGUUUGCUGCUGCAGCCGCCAAGACUGCGGAAGAGGAGCAGAGAAUCCUGGAGGAGGAGGAUGAGAAAGAUGAUGAUAUCGACGCUUUUGAUGGAAACUUCGAAGAAGAUGAUAGCUACCACCAAGAGGAGAUCAAUGAGGACGACGAGAAGCUGUUUGAGUCAUUCUUUGUUAAGGACGCCCCUCGUCAACGUACUCUUGCUGAUAUCAUCAUCAAGAAAAUCAAAGACAACGAUGCUGACUUAGCUGAAGAAGAGCGUCCUGACCCUGAGUUGGACCCUAAAGUAACUAAAUUAUACAAAGGUGUUGCCAAGAUCAUGAGUGAAUACACGAUUGGGAAAAUGCCGAAAGCGUUUGUGCUGAUUACUAAGAUGGAGCGCUGGGAGGAUGUGUUAUACUUGACCGAGCCGGAGAAAUGGUCGCCUAACGCUAUGUAUCAAGCAACCAGAAUCUUUGCUCACCACUUGAAAAACAGCCAGAUUCAGCGGUUUUACAGCUACGUGUUGCUUCCUCGAGUCAGAGAAGAUAUCAGAAAGAACAAGAGGCUGCAUUUUGCUCUCUACCAGGCUUUGAAGAAGUCUCUCUACAAGCCUAGUGCUUUCAAUAAAGGCAUACUCUUCCCGCUUUGUAAGUCUGGUACAUGCAGUCUCAGAGAAGCUGUGAUUAUAGGGAGCAUUCUCGAAAAGUGUUCUAUCCCUAUGCUUCACUCAUGUGUUGCUUUGCUGAACUUGGCUGAGAUGGAGUAUUGUGGAACAACCAGCUACUUUAUAAAAACUCUUUUGGAGAAGAAGUAUUGUAUGCCGUAUCGAGUACUAGAUGCAUUGGUUGCUCACUUCAUGAGAUUUGUGGAUGAGAUAAGAGUUAUGCCUGUGAUUUGGCACCAGUCUCUUCUUACUUUUGUGCAACGGUACAAGUAUGAGCUACUAAAGGAAGACAAAGAGCAUUUCCAAACUCUCCUCAAGAGGCAAAGGCACCAUCUUGUUACUCCUGAGAUCCUGAGAGAGCUUCAGGGUAGCAGAAACCGUGGAGAGAAAGAAGAUGAUCCUAUGUUGACUAACUCUUCAGUUACAACUAUCAACAACCCAAUCAAAGAAGACAGGUUUGACAUUCCAGAGGUGCCAAUGGAAGAGGACUGAUUCAUUUCAUUGUGUUUGGUUUUGGAAGAAAGAAAGACAACUCUAAAAUUCCAGUUUUGUCAUUGGUUAUUUGCUUAGUUAUACUGUAAGAAAUGAACAUCUUUCUAUUAAGUGUAGUUUGAACCUUUAAACAUGGUUUUACUCUUUUGUUGUAAUCCAAAGUUCGUAUUAUUUUCUCGUCUCAGUGAGUAGUAGUAUUUGGGUUA